AUGCCCCGUGAAGAAAUAAAUGAUCUCCAGCUGGUGGGAAAAUACAUACAACCAGAAACCAAGGAAGUGAAUGGAGUCCUUAUGACCAAGAUAAUGAGUAAUAAUUGGGACAAAAUCUGGAAUUUUCAAGCAAAACCUGAUGAUCUCCUCAUUGCAACCUAUGCAAAGGCAGGCACAACCUGGACACAAGAGAUUGUGGACAUGAUCCAAAAUGACGGAGAUGUGCAGAAGUGCCAGAGGGCCAACACCUUUGACCGGCAUCCUUUCAUCGAGUGGGCUCUACCCCCACCCCUCAACUCAGGUCUGGAUCUGGCCAGCAAAAUGCCUUCUCCUAGAACUAUGAAGACUCACCUGCCUGUUCAGUUGCUGCCAACUUCCUUCUGGAAAGAAAAUUCAAAGAUUAUCUAUGUGGCUAGAAAUCCAAAGGACUCUCUGGUGUCCUACUACCAUUUCUCAAGAAUGAAUAAAAUGAUGCCUGACCCUGGUACAUGGGAGGAGUAUAUUGAGGCAUUCAAAGCUGGAAAAGUGCUGUGGGGUUCCUGGUAUGACCACGUGAAGGGAUGGUGGGAUGCAAAAGACCAGCACCCUAUUCUCUACCUCUUCUAUGAGGACAUGAAAGAGGACCCAAAGCGGGAAAUUCAGAAGAUAUUGAAGUUCCUAGAGAAAGAAAUGCCCGAAGAAGUCCUGAAUAAAAUCAUCUAUCACACCUCCUUCGAUGUAAUGAAGCAAAACCCAAUGGCCAACUACACCACUGUGCCUACUGUCCUCAUGAACCAAUCUGUCUCCCCUUUUAUGAGGAAAGGGAUGCCUGGAGAUUGGAAGAACUAUUUCACUGUGGCUCAGAAUGAAGAAUUUGACAAGGACUACCAGAAGAAGAUGGCAGGGAGCACCCUGACUUUCCGCACAGAGAUCUGAGGACAACAGGGUUGUUGCAAAAACAACAUCAACAAAGAAGAAUGACCCACAAAGCCUGAAAUAUCAUCUACUAUCCAGUCUCUGAGCUGAGUUUCUGGGUCUGCUUUAGCUGGGCCAGGACCUUAUGUGAAUGAGUCUGGAGGCAUCCUGAAGAUCCAUAUUUGUGAAGACUCACGCUCCCAUAUUUGGAACCUGAGAGCAGAGGUGCUGGAUGGGAUCACACUGAAGCCCCAGAAAUCUAUAUAUUGCCAGAGCUUCUGCUUCUGCUGCCCAACAAACAGCGAAGGGCACCUCCACCGAUAAGAGUGUGUGCACU